AUGUCGACGCCCAUCUAUUUGAAUCUCCCACUUCCACCUGGUCCAAAGAAGCUCCCAAUUAUCGGGAACUUGUUGGAUGCUCCAUCCGAGUUUCAAUGGAUCCAGUACCACGAAUGGUCGAAGCAAUACAACUCUGACAUCAUUCAUCUCAAUGUCGCUGGAUCAUCCAUCGUUGUGAUCGACACGGCCGAGGCAGCCAACGACUUAUUUGACAAGCGAUCGUCUAUCUACUCCAGUCGCCCGCGAUUUAUUAUGCUUAACGAAUUAAUGGGCUGGUCGUGGCUCUUCGCUGCCAUGGAAUAUGGCGAGUCGUGGAAGCAGCAUCGCAGGCUCUUCCAAAGGGAGUUUCACCCGAACGCCGUAACCGCUUUAUUCCAGCCCCAAGUACUCAAGCACACGAGCGGCCUCUUGACGCGCCUCCUUGAGUCCCCCGAUGACUUCAUGGAGCACAUCAACCAUACCACCGUCGCCAUCAUCAUGGACGUUGGCUAUGCUAUUGAUAUAGCUGCGAAGGAAGAUCCCCACGUUGUUACCGCUGAAAAGGCGCUAGCCGGAUUGAACAUAGCAUCCCUUCACGGCGCAUUCCUUGUCGAAGUCAUGCCUAUACUCAAGUAUGUUCCGGCGUGGGUGCCCGGGGCCGGGUUUCAGAAGAAGGCCAAAGAGUGGAAGCACUACGCAGAAACAAUGCUCAGGGAUCCUUUUGCUGUCGUGAAGGAAAAGAUGGCCAGCGGAACCUACGAACCCUCAUUUACUUCACGCUGUCUCGAAAACGUAGAUGACACGGGCGAUGUUGCCUUACAGGAGCGUCUCAUUCAAGGCACCGCCGCCAACCUGUAUGCUGCCGGCUUCGAUACAACAACAUCGGCGUUAAAUUCGUUGAUUCUCGCUUUACUAACACACCCAGACGUUCAGGCCAGAGCUCGACGAGAGAUCGAUAGCGUUCUGGAGGGGAAGCGGCUGCCUGAUUUUGAAGAUAUGGACAGUCUGCCGUACGUGACCGCUAUCACCAGAGAAGUUCAAAGGUGGCAGCCUGUAACGCCGUUAGCAAUACCUCACUUCGUAACGGUCGAGGAUGCGUACAGGGGAUAUCGCAUUCCCGCGAACUCGAUUGUCCUCGGAAACGCAUGGGCAAUGCUGCACGACUCAACGAGAUAUCCCGACCCGUUUGCAUUCAAACCUGAACGCUGGCUGUUGCCAGACGGUGAACUGAACCCAGAUAUGAAGGAACCCACUGUCGCGUUUGGAUUUGGCAGACGCCUCUGCCCGGGCCGGCACCUUGCCUCCGCGUCCAUCUGGAUAACAACGGCGCUGCUAUUGAGCGUGUUCGAAUUCACCCACGCCGUCGACGAAGACGGUGAUGUCAUCGUUCCUUCUGGGCAGUAUUGCCCGGGUUUGAUUCCGUCGCCGCUCCCUUUCAAAUGCCAGAUCCAGCCGCGAUCCCACGCCGCGAAGACACUCAUCCAAGGAGUUUCGAGCGCUUGA